AUGGUGGUCAGACGAGAGUUUGGCACGGGAGGGACGGGAGUUGUGCAGCCAAGACGGCUGGUUGAGGUGACGGAGUCCCCGGUGAAAGACAUUAAGAUCCUUGCCAUGAAAAACCCCGCGAAGAACGUUCUUUCUUCAUCCCUUAUGAACGACCUAUUGGACGUAAUUAGCGAGCUGUGCACCCCUGACAAGGAGAGUUGCCGCGGUGUUGUUUUGACCUCUGCACUUGUUGGUGCCUUUAGUGCUGGUCUGGACCUGAAGCUGCUGCACGCAAGCUUGGAAUAUGAAAUCUUCACGCAUUAUUGGAGUCAGCUUCAAAAACUGUAUGUUACCCUUAACACUCUUCCAGUUCCGCUUGUUUCGGCUAUAAAUGGAGAUGCAAUCGGUGCUGGCUGCAUCAUCGCUUUGGCAUCAGACUACAGAAUCAUGGCUGCAAGAGCGGAGGAGCAGGAAAGACCAUUUAAAAUUGGCAUUAACGCCACCAAGUGUGGAUUGACAGUUCCACCAUCGUUUGCUGCCCUCACGUCAUACGUUGUGGGUCACAGAAGGUGUGAGGCGCUGCUGCAGCUUGGGGAGCUUGUGGAUGCCCCGACCGCAAAAACGAUGGGACUUGUAGAUGAGAUUGUGGAGAAUGCAGAUGAGGUCCUUAUACCGGCGUUGGACAUGGCUGAGAGGUUAUCCAGCGCAGCGUCUUGGUGCUACUGGACGGUGAAGGACGUGUCACGGAGGAGACUUGUCGCGCCUUUUUGUACGCCUGCACUUCGAAACGCCGAAUGCUCAAAUUACUACGAAAUGCUCAACAACCCCGAUGUGAAGCGGGAUCUUGGAGCAUACCUUGGAGGAUCGUAA